CAUAUCAUCAUGUUCAUUGUUACCAACCUUUUCUGGCAAUGGGCGAACAUUGCACGCUUCCCGGACGAUACCGACACUGGUGAUCUCGAGCUCAUCCAACGGUGCGGCGGCUUCCCAAUCCGCUAGGGAGAGACCCCGGGUCUGCGGAGCUGGAGAAGACGUUUGAGAUCUCCUCAUCUACAGCGUAUAUAUUAAGUCUUGGCGGUUUCCAGUUGUUUAAUAGAUGGGCAAAGUGUAAGAGGUAAGGUAGGUAGAUGUAACCUCAACCAGCUAACUUAGCAGCAGCGCAGCUUCGGCGACCUUGGCGCGGGGAUCGGUGGGGAACGACUUUGUUGCCUUUGACAACCCCUCGACCUGUUCAUCAACUGCAACUGGGCAACUGGGCAAUUACUCACCUCUUGCGAACAGGACAUAGAUACUACCUUUCGAUAGGAUCUGAGCUAGACAGACGUCUGCCAACCAAAGAUGUCGAAAGAAGAAGCAAGCAUCAGGCCGGUUGAGGAUAACGCAGAGGAGACGCCUGCGACGCCAUCCUCAACAAAGCCCAAGCUCAAAGCCAGACUGGGAGAGACUCAAAUUGUAGAAUUGUCGGAUGACGAGGAUGACGCGGACCUCGUUGGUCGGGACGAUGAUGAUACCGCUGGAGAUGCGAGCGACCCAGAUUUCUUGAAGGAAUACCCUGACGAAACCGAUGACCUGCACCUGCAACACCUGAAGAUCAUCAGCGAACAACUCACUCAGCUACACUUUCCUCGUUUCGGGAAACACCUCAACCGGCUAUGUCUCCGACAGAACAACCUCACAUCCCCACUGCCUUCCGAGGCUUUUGAAGGACUGGAAGCUUUGAAGGAGUUGGACUUUUACGACAACAGAUUAGGAUCCCGAGUGCACGAUGACGAGAUCGCUGGAUGCCCUAAUAUCACAACGCUCGAUCUAUCAUUCAACAACAUCCGACAUGUACCUAACCUGCCCAGCAAGAAACAAGUUGGCACGCUCUACCUCGUGCAGAACAAGAUUGCAGAGGUAGGGGAAGGCGAGCUUGACUGGGCGGCUGGGUCGAUGAAGAGCCUCGAGCUGGGUGGGAACAGACUCCGAAAAAUCGAGAACCUAGAGAAAUUGACUCUGCUAGAAGAGCUGUGGUUGGGAAAGAACAAAAUCAGGGCUUUUGAGAACUUGAGCACUUUCAGCAACCUCAAGAUCCUUUCGAUCCAGUCUAAUCGUAUCACCAAGAUGGAGAAUCUCGAAGGUUUGGUUUCGCUGGAGGAGCUUUACCUGAGCCAUAAUGGAUUGACCAAGCUUGAAGGGCUGGAGAAGAACGAGAAACUCCGAGUGCUAGAUAUUGGAAACAAUAUGAUUGAGAAGAUCGAGAAUAUCGCACACCUUACGAAUCUCGAGGAAUUCUGGGCAAGCUACAACAAGAUCCCGGACCUCCAUGAUCUGGAUAGCCAGUUGGCUGUACUGCCCAACCUAGAGACCGUGUACUUGGAAGGGAACCCUUGUCAACUCAAGGACCGAACGGGAUACAGGCGCAAGGUCAUUUUGGCUUUGCCUAACAUAAAGCAGGUGGAUGCGACAUACGUCCGGAUGUGAUUCAUGACAAAAAGCAGUAUUCAGGACAUGGAUAGACUAGUCACACUGAAUGGGGUAACGACCGGGUACAUCACGAAUAUU